AUGUCAUCAGAAGCUCCAACGGACAGUGUCAGCGACGUUCGGGUUGUUUCGUCACCAACGGUCUCGCCAGCGACAUCCUCGUCGCCAGUCACGGGGAAGCCUUCGUCUCAAGAUGCUGGUCGUGAGGAAGGACCAGCGGAAGGGAAAAAGCCAAUGGGCGGAGACACCCCAGGAAAGAAUCUCGGACAGGCAUCACUGAGUGCGCCCGAGGAGGUGGACGAUUUCGGGCUACCAAUUCGAACACGACCCAACCCCCCUCGAUCCCCAGCAGCUGUUCCCGAAGACGCCAUUCAACCGCCAGAAACGGCCCCCGAUGCAGUUACACCCACCGAGAAUGAAGCAAACCUGAAGGGCGUUGCGGACACGAAAGCUGCCAACAACCAAGCCGAUCACAAGACUGAGACUGAACCCGUCGAUAACGAACGCAGCACGGCGUCAACUCAGACCUCUUCGGGUAAUGAGCAUCCGCAGAAGCCCAUCACUCACGACGAGCAGCCUCCAAAACGAGAAGCCGACCCUCCACCUCCGUAUGCGAAGAAUGUACAGCCAUCAGAAUGGUCCCAUCAAUCUAUGGCCCUCCCGACCAAGACUGCCGCCGCACACGAAGAUCAGCACGAGGAGGACGAAGAGGACGAAUGGAAAGCAAUGCCAGCUCUGGGAGAAAUGGACUAUUAUGACGACUAUGGGAGGCUUAUUGCUCGCGGAGCCCAGGAAAAAGAGGAAGAUGACGAAGCUGUGUACAGUGGAUUGGGCGGGGCUGGGAAGGGCUACACGCGAGUGCAACUCGAUGAAGAUGCGCAAUCCGCGACCAGUAUGGACGAGGACACGAGCUAUCUCUUCCGUGACGCGGCUGGCAAUUCUGCGGGCUUUGUGGGAGAAGAGUUGCGCGACACGAUGAGUCAACUUCAGGCGACGAAGGACUUUUUGAACGAGACGCAGAAGAUUGCCUACGUGGGCGUGGUGCGCCUGAUCAUCCACGAGAUGAACAUGGAACUCGGCAAGCUACCGACAACGAAGGCGACACGCAAGGUGAUUUUGAAGGCCCAGGAUGCUCAGCGGAAAUGGGGCCAAAUGAUGAUGGGUCGACUAUAUAUGCACAUGGAGAUUAGUUCUGCUGAGCAGAUCAUGAUUGAGCAGCUCGCCGAACAUGGCGUGCAACCCGGCGAUCUGAUACGCCCGCUGAUGUCUAAUGCGCGCGUCAAGAACCCAAUGGCUGAACACCACCUCGAGAAAUCCAGCGCUUCCCUAUCGUCAACCGCCUUCCGCAAAGAAACACGACAUCACCAAUCAACUGAGAGCGAUGCGUCUGAUUCAGACUCUCCUCCCGCCUACGAGGCCCACCUGGACGACCAAGCUGUACCUGAAGUCCACACUCCAUCUCAACUACCCACGUCAGAGAAAAUUGACAUUGACCUACGAUGGACCGUUCUUUGUGAUCUCUUCCUCAUUCUUAUUGCGGAUGCGGCCUACGACGCUCGAUCUCGGGCACUGUUGGAAAGAGUUGGGGCGGUGAUGGACAUUACCUGGCUGCAAAUUUCGCGUUUUGAAAAGCGCGUGACAGAUGCACUGGAAAUGCAAGAGCAGGCCGAAAAAGAGACCUGGGAUGAGUCCGAACAUAUGGAGAAGCGUCGCAAGGCUAAUCUCACAUCCAAAUAUAUGAUCAUGGGCCUGGCCACGGUAGGAGGUGGUCUUGUGAUCGGUCUGUCGGCCGGGCUCUUGGCUCCUGUCAUUGGAGCUGGUCUUGCCGCCGGUCUCACGACCGUAGGCCUUUCAGGCACAAGCGCAUUCUUGGGAGGAGUCGGAGGUACCGCCCUCAUUGCAUCAGGCGCAACGAUUGGCGGAAGUGCUAUCGGCAUGAAAGCCUCCAACCGCCGGACAGGGGCGGUUCAAACCUUCGAAUAUCGACCUCUCCACAACAACAAGAAGCUGAACCUGAUCGUAACUGUCUCGGGUUGGAUGACCGGCAAGGUUGACGAUGUUCGCUUGCCUUACAGCACGGUCGACCCCAUCAUGGGGGAUCUAUACUCAGUCCUCUGGGAACCCGAGAUGUUGCGCAGCAUGGGUGACACUAUCAACAUCCUUGCAACAGAGGCACUCACCCAAGGUCUCCAGCAAGUGCUGGGAAGUACCAUCUUGAUGGCUUUGAUGGCCUCGAUUCAGUUACCCCUUGUCCUCACAAAGCUGGCUUAUCUCAUCGACAACCCGUGGAAUGUGUCACUGGCUCGAGCCAAUGCCGCCGGGCUUGUUCUGGCAGACUCCCUCCAAGAUCGCAAUCUUGGUAAUCGCCCAGUCACGUUGCUCGGAUUUUCUCUGGGUGCGCGGGUCAUCUUCUCCUGUCUCAAGGAGCUUGCCGCCAAAGGCGCCCAUGGUCUGGUCCAAAACGUCUAUCUCUUUGGAUCUCCAGUGGUUGCCAGCAAAGAUGAAUAUCUCAAGGCCCGGAGUGUGAUCUCUGGCCAGUUCGUCAAUGGAUAUUCUAAAAACGAUUGGAUUCUGGGCUAUCUGUUCCGCGCCACAAGCGGUGGCAUCAUGCGUGUCUCUGGUCUCGCACCGAUCGAGGGCAUUCCAGGCUUGAAGAACGUUGAUCUUACAGACACAGUCAACGGGCACAUGGACUACCGUGCGGCAAUGCCUCGAAUCCUACGAAAGGUUGGAUGGGAAGUCUUAGAAGAUGAAUUCGCUGAGAUUGAGGAUCCUGAUCCUGAUAAUCAUGCGGAGCGGCAACGGGAACUUAUUCGUGAGAUUGAUGAAGCUCGUCGGAAUGCAGAGCAAAAGCCAGAGAAGAAGCGGUUUGGCCUUUUCAAGCGUGGAAAGAUGGCCGAAAAGAAAACGUGGGAAACGUAUGACGUCUCCCGGAGUGGCGCAUCACAACAGCACUCGCCCGACCCGGGGAGUGCUCCGGGGUCUGUCCUGUUCGAUAUUGAAGCCAUUCGAGCCGAAUUGGCUUCUGAGGCGAUUGAGGUCAAGCAGCUCGAGUCGACGCUUCCCCCGAUGAAGCUUGAUUUGACCAGCUCUUUAGAGUCUUCGCCUCAUCAAAGUACAACUUCACUGGGAAAACUGCCUACAUCGAAGGAUACAGCGCCACCAGCUCUUCCUCGCACGGUAUCAGAGCCGCCCCCCACGGGUGGCACCCGGACAGCUCGCACAAUGUCCGACGACGGCCAACUCAACGAACACGACUCCACGAACAUGACCUUUGAUACAUCUUUCGAACACGCCCCUAAAAACACCGCCGACCUCCCUUCCACACGACCAAGCCUGCGUUCGUCAUCUACAUUGCCCAUGGGUAUCGGCGCCACUGCUGUGGGGGCCAUGGCGAUGGAACCCAAUGCCUGGGCUGACAAUGAUCAUGACGAAAGCGAGAUCUCAAUGACCUUUGAAUAA